AUGGGCGCCAUAGAACUGGCCGCAAUAUCGUCAGAUACAGAUGCACAAUCUCAACAAGUUCAACCCCAGUCUCCAGAAAAGGAUAACGAGGAUGUUCGAGUUGAUGAGCCGGGGAAAUUCCAGCACUCAUGGAGACUGUGGUGUGUCUUUAUUGUUCUUUGUUUACUAUCAUUCAUCUCUGCCAUUGAUGCCACCAUCGUCACCACUUCGCUGCCAACAAUCACACGCGACAUUGGCGGCAGCCAAGAUUAUGUUUGGGUCGUCAACUCGUUCCUCUUCACGUCUACAGUUCCGCAGCCGCUCUUUGGCCAGAUCUCGGACAUCUUUGGCCGCCGAAAUCCCAUGAUUGUCGCCAUUGCUCUUUUUGGCCUUGGUAGUGGGCUUGCCGGUGGCGCUCAAAAUCCCGGGAUGCUCAUUGCAGCUCGAACCAUACAAGGCCUUGGUUCGGGUGGAUUGUAUGUGCUUUCGGAUAUAAUUGUAUGCGACAUGGUCCCCCCUCGUCACCGUGGCCCCUACCUGAGCGCCAUCCUCUCGACAGCAGCUAUCGGAACGACUAUUGGGCCCAUCAUCGGUGGUGCUUUGGCGCUGAAGAAUUGGAGAUGGAUAUUUUGGCUAAAUCUACCGGCUGCGGCCAUAGGAUUGCUUGCCAUUGUCCUUAUCCUCAACGUCAAGUAUACGCGCAGCCCGUCGUGGCGCCAUGCCCUUUCUCGAGUCGACUUCCUUGGCAACAUCAUCUUUGUGCCAUCCAUGGUCAGCAUAUUCUUCGGUCUGAUCAUGGGCGGCACUCAUGGGUAUCCUUGGAGAUCUUGGAAGAUCAUCGUGCCUCUUAUUCUCGGGGUUCUUGGUUGGAUCACAUUCCAUGUACACCAGGCCUCGCCAGUUUGCCGAGAACCAAGCAUGCCGCCUCGACUGUUUAAACACCGCACAUCAUCUGGGGGAUUCAUUAUCAUUUUUCUAGGAGCAGUCAUACUCCAAGCUAUCAACUAUUUCUUGCCCAUCUACUUUCAGGGAGUCAAGGGAGCCACGCCACUAAUGUCAGGAGUAUAUUUCCUAGCUUUUGCUCUGGCCAUCAUGCCUUUUGGUGGAAUGGCUGGAGCUUUCAUGUCCAAGACUGGCUUUUACAUACCUCUACAUUGGCUAGGCUUUGCCCUCAGCGCCAUCGGUGUCGGAUUAUUCUUGACAUUAGAUGAAUCUUCCAGCCGAGCAGCGUGGAUUGGCUACCAAGUCCUUGCUUCAGGUGGCACUGGAAUCAUCUUCACGGCCACGCUACCUUCCACAUUAGCAGCGCUCUCCGAGUCAGACGUGGCUGUUGCUACAGGCACAUAUUCAUUCGUGCGUUCAUUUGGCCUGGUCUGGGGAGCUACUAUGGCAUCAAUAGCUUUCAAUGGCCAAAUAAACGCACAUGCCGCUUCCAUAAGUAACCAGGAAAUACGCAACUUGCUUGUAGACGGAGGCGCAUACGCAUAUGCUGCUGUACAAAAUGGCGGUAUAGCCGAAUUACCAGACCCUACCCGAAGCCAGGUUAUCGUCGUCUAUGUGAAAGCUUUGAGAGUCGUGUGGUGGAUUGUCACGGCUAUCUCAGUCCUAGGCUUUUUUGUCACCUUUAUUGAGAAGCAUGUUGAGCUUCGGAGGAGUCACUCAACAGAGUAUGGGCUUUCAGAGGAGGAUAAUGCAGGGGAUGGGCGUCAGACUUUAGUUCCAGAUGCAAGGGAAAGAGUAUGA